UAUAGUUGCCGAUAGACAAAGGCCAGAUCGAUUCUAAUAGAACUGGAUUUAUGUAGUUCUAAAAAUAUACGCAAAGAUCAUCUUCUUGAUAGGGGAAGCAUAUCCAACUGGAAAAAUGUCAACUUUCGUCUAGAAACUGGAAAGAGAUCUCAAUCUAUCUGGGAUAGAAGGGAGGCGUAAAAUCCGAGGUCGAGGUGGUGGUCUCUUACUUCGCCGUUUACUUGAGCUCCUUUUUUCUCUGUGACCGAAGAUCUAAUGGGUCGGCACCCACAUAGCGGAGGGCCCGUCUUUCGAUUCAUGCAUAAUGAGGUAAUUGAAAUGGAGGCAUGCUUGAAAGGACUAAAAAAUGCUAUACCGGCUCGUGAGAUGAUAUGUGCGCUAGCAGAAAAGUUCAGUGCAUUACCUCUUCGAGCCGGAAAAACUGUUGUACAGCCAAAACAGGUUUGGAAUUGGUUUCAAAACAGAAGAUAUUCACAAAGAGCAAAGGUUAAGGCUCCUGUAAAUCAGAAUGUACCCCCUCCUAUAACUCGAGAUGAUUCUGUUCACUUUAGAAAUGUGGGUCAACCUGCUUCUAUUUCACAAAAUAUUCCACAAGGACAGAAUUCAGUUGAGAAUUCUCAGUUGGAGUUCGAGGCAAAAUCAGCGAGGGACGGAGCAUGGUACGAUGUUUCAGCAUUUUUGUCUCAUAGAAAGAGUGAAACUGAAGAUCCGGAAGUGCGGGUUAGGUUUUCGGGAUUUGGUAUCGAAGAGGAUGAGUGGAUAAAUGUUCGAAGGUGUGUUCGACAGCGGUCUCUUCCUUGUGAGAAUAUGGAGUGUAUUGCCGUGCUCCCUGGGGAUCUUAUACUUUGUUUUCAGGAAGGUAAAGAACAAGCUCUUUAUUUUGAUGCUCAUAUCCUGGAUGCACAAAGAAGAAGACAUGAUGUUCGUGGAUGUAGAUGCAGAUUCCUAGUCCGCUAUGAUCAUGAUCAAUCUGAGGAAAUAGUGCCGUUGAGAAAAGUAUGUAGACGUCCAGAAACUGAUUACCGGUUGCAGAAGCUCCAUGCGUUGAGGACAUCAGGAUCAGCAGAUGAACGAGCUUUAUUUAAAGCUGGCUCAUCAAGAGAUCAAAAUUUGAUUCCUCAGAGGAUUAGAAAACAGAACAAAUUGAUUGAAGUGAACACAGCUGAGAUCACCACAAUAGCUUUGCCUGCUCUUGCCCGCAUAAAGGAUAACAGCAAGACAUCACAGAAUGAUCGUGUGAAUGUUUCUGUUUUGAUGCCUGGUAACUUUGGAAAGGUACCAGAAGCCAUGGAUGUGGUUGAGUUGUAACAUGUUGCUUUUGGAAAUAACUGGUUUAUCCUUCAAUCUCUCAUGUUGGGUAAAUUUACAAAGUUUCCAAAUCAAUUGUAGAUUGGAAAUUUUUUGGGUUGAAAUAUCACUUUUAAGUUUCCAAUGGUGAAAUCACUUUAAGUGUUUAAUUUUAACAUUUUGCUAAUAUCCUGAAUGAACGUGUCAUGAUUUCAUUGGAGUC